UCUGCUCUGUGUGAAGCACACUCCCUCAUACACAUCAAAUAUGAUCAGCUGGUUUCAGGAAACCAACUAACUAAACUUCAUCUUCUGCCUGAAAUCAAGGAGCCGUGUUUCUAAACGGCCUUAGCGACAGUAACUAAGGGGCGGGGCGAGACGCCGUGACAUCGCGAGAACACUCCGCGGGAUCCCGCAGCGCUCCUGUAUCUCAGCCUGAAGAGCUCCGAGACCAGAAUCCAGACUCGGUCCAGGACAACACGGUCCACCAGUCACAGCGGAGACCUGCAGGACGAUGGAGAACCAGAACCCGGACCGCAGGAGCCAAACAGCAGCCUCGUGCUCUGAUAGCGCCGAUGUUCAGAAACGGAGAGGAAGAGAAGAACUCAAACGUCACCACUGUCGGCACUGUGACAAAUCCUUCAAAAGAUCUGGGCAUUUACAGAUUCAUCAGAGAGUUCACACUGGAGAGAAACUGUACAGCUGUGACCAGUGUCGGAAAACUUUUACUCAGUCAGGUAGCCUAGAAGUCCACAGACGUAUUCACACUGGAAAGAGACCAUACAGAUGUGACCAGUGUGGGAAAACUUUUACUCAGUCAGGUAGCCUAGAAGUCCACAGACGUAUUCACACUGGAAAGAGACCAUACAGAUGUGACCUGUGUGGGAAAACUUUUACUCAGUCAGGAAGCCUAGAAAUCCACAGACGUGUUCACACUGGAGAGAAACCGUACAGCUGUGAUCAGUGUGGGAAAGCUUUCGCUAGAACAGGUGACCUGGCAAAGCACCUGCGUGUUCACACUGGAGAGAAACCGUACAGCUGUGACCAGUGUGGGAAAGCUUUCGCUACAACAGGUGACCUGGCAAAGCACCAGCGUGUUCACACUGGAGAGAAACCGUUCAGCUGUGACCAGUGUGGGAAAGCUUUCGCUACAACAGGUGACCUGGCAAAGCACAGGCGCAUUCACACUGGAGAGAAACCAUACUGGUGUGACCAGUGUGGGAAUGCUUUCACCACAUCAAGUGGCUUGGUAAAGCACAGACGCGUUCACACUAGAGAGAAACCGUACUGGUGAACGUUUGACGUGCUACAGCAAACUUUCAAUGAUUCACUCAUUGUUCUGCAUUAAUGGG